CUGAUCUGAUCUCGCCGCUCUCUCGUUAGAUUGGCCGACCAUCGCUACAAAAGGUAAAGCUCACAGCGCAUGCUCGAUCGCUUUAUCGAUCAUCCGUCCGCUCGCUUAUCGCCCUCCGCGAAGUCCUCCCUCGCGGACAAGAGGGCGACGAAGAAGAGGGCUCGGAUCUGCUGGCAGGUGGGCUACUAUGGGAGAGGAGCAAGAUCCGCAGCGGCUGAAGAGGAUCGCGGCGUCGUCGUACGACUACGAGGGGGAUCCCCGAUGGGCGGAGUACUGGUCCAAUAUCUUGAUUCCGCCUCACAUGGCCUCUCGAUCCGACGUCGUUGACCACUUCAAGCGCAAGUUCUAUCAGCGUUUCAUCGAUCCUGAGCUUGUUGUGGAGGCAAUGGCUUCAACUAGUUCUUCUCAGUCAGCAAAAACAUCAGAGAGACCUUCAGCACAAACAACAGAGUCAUCAAGAGCAUCAGAAAGACACUCCUCCCAGCCAAGUGCUCGAAAUGUGAGGCCACAAAAUCCAGGUUCUACUGGUGGAACUACUGGAACAGCUGCAUCAACAGGCAGGAAUGCUAACUCAUUGAGGCUAGAUCAACGAUCUAUUCAUUUUUCUCUCAAUGCUUGGGUUUUAGUGGUUGCUGUGCUUGGAAUGCUUCCAGUUGUACCAAGAAAUCUUUCAAACAAAGCAUAUCGUUUGUCUUUGCUUGGUACUGCAUGCUCCUCAGUUUAUUCAAUCUACACUCUCUAUGGGAAACCAAGGGCAUGGAAUCUUCCUGCUAUCCAAACAUGGUUUCAGACUUUGAUUGGAGCAAAAGAUUUUGUCCAUUUAAUAUAUUGUGUUACACUUGUUACAUCUCAACUACACUUUAAAUUUGCUCUCAUCCCUGUAUUUUGUUGGUCACUUGAACUCGUGGCAAAAUUCCUCAGACGUAACUUUGCACGUUCUUCUUUAUACAGGAAAUACUUGGAGGAACCUUGUGUGUGGGUAGAAGCAAAUGGAACUACAUUGACUAUUCUAAGUUCAAAUGCUGAGAUUGGAUUGGGCUUUCUUCUAAUUUUAUCUUUAUUCUCGUGGCAACGGAAUAUAAUCCAGACAUUCAUAUAUUGGCAGUUGCUGAAGCUCAUGUACCAGGUUCCUGCUACUUCUGGUUAUCACCAAAGUGUGUGGGCCAGGAUUGGUCGCACCGUGAAUCCGUAUAUCUAUCGCUAUGCCCCUUUCUUAAACAGCCCCAUAUCUGCAGUUCAAAGAUGGUGGUUUAGAUAGAAGGAAAAAAACAAAGAGAGAGAGGAGAGAAAGAACCAGGAAACUGAAGCUACUUUGGGAUCCUGACAGCUUUUUUAAGGGGCAAAUGUCAUUUAAUGCUAGGAAAAUCACUUUUGGUUAUGACAUAGCUGCGUGUGGACAAUUUAUGUUAGAAAAUAUACUCAUCUUAGUUUGAGCUUGUGGUGCUAUAUUCUGCUGUUAUGUUAUUUGUGGAAGAAAAUUAUUAAUGCUGUCACAAUUAACAUGCA